AGAAUCUACUCUCUCAAAGAGAGUAGAACAGAAAUGUCUACAGAUAUGUGGGUGGGUGGAUGUGUAUAAAAUUGAGGGUGUAGAUGAAUGAGCAGAUGGAAGGGUGGGUAAGUGGUUUAGAUGGGCUGAGGAAUAAGUGGUUGUACAGCUGGAAAAUAAAUGCAUAGGUAGAUGGAUGUGUAGCUGGAUGAAUAAAUGAGCAGAUGAAUCAGUAAGUGGCUAGAGUAUGGAGAAAUGGAGACAUAAAUGGACAGAUGGAUAUUUAGAGGGGUGGACAAAUGGAUAAGUGCCUGAAUUAACUAUAUGGGUAGAUGUAUGGAUUUAUGGAUAGGUUGGAAGUAAACUGAAAAUGGGUAGAGUGGAAUUAUGGCUGUAUAAUUGAACAAAGGGGAGGGUAAAGUCAGAUGCAUACAUGAUAGUUGAAGCUAUGGAGUGGUUGAUAGAUGGAGGGUUGGUUCAUAGGGCUAGAGUGGCAAAGGGUAGGAAGAUGAGUGGGCGGGUGACCAACUGGACAGGUGGGUAUUUAGAGGGAUUGGUAGAAGCCUUGGUUAUGUGGUUAGAAGGAUGUGUACACGAAAGAAUGAAUUACGGAAAGCAAGCAAGUGAAUAGCACGUAUGCAUAAAUGACUCAAAAGGCUAGGCAGUUCUAUCUUACUGCACUAUCAUCACACACGUUUACUUACUUAAGACUUGGCAUUCUGCCAGGCCUUACCUGUGCCAACCACAUUUAUAUUACUUCAGUUAAUGCACUAAAGGACACUAUCAAAUUGGGAUAAGCCUAUCUGACAACUGGGGAAACAGUCACCUGAUCAAGGACACAGUAAGUCUGGCAAAACUGGGAUUAGAACUCAGAGACUUAUCCCAGAGGCAGUCAGUACCCAGAAGCAGACCCCACUAUGGAGAAGUGUGAUUUAAGGGCAUUGGAUACAGACAGAUGAGAAGCCUGCUCUUUUUGGUAAGGAGCCUGCUGGUAGGGGAUGGUAUCUGGAUUGCCCCCAUCUGCACUCCCCUUGCCCCUCGUUUUGCAUCCCCAAAGUGGAAGAUGUAUGAGCCCUACAAGGAAGUCUGUUUUAGAAGUUGGUCUCUGACCUAUGCCCUCCUUCCAGAGUAGACUUGGGAGGCUUGGUCAUCUAAAGAAGCGUCCCCACCAGUCCCUCCCUCCCGACAUCUCCCCGCCUUGCCACAGCCUGGGGGCAGGGAGGGGACACAGCACUGCAUCAUUCCCUGUGGCACUCCGCUCUGGGGCCAUUAACAGACGCCUCCCCAUCGAUUGGUUCUACUAAGUGCUGCUGAUUCAGACGGGUGGGGGUGAGGGCCCCUGGGGGCAGUGGGGGUAAGAGCUGGGCAGAAAGAAGGGGGAGUCCAGGAAGUAGGAGGUGGGGAGAACUGGCAAAGUUCCCUGCCACCCCCAUUUUCCAGAUGACGCGACUGAGGCCCAACCAGCUUUGUAAGGAGGCGGAGUUUCCCCAGGGUCCCUCUCAAGCUGUCCUAGGGGAGGGGGCUCUGGGAACCACGUGGCCCCUCCCUGCCUCUCGCUUCAUCUCCCGACAAGCUCCAGAGGGGCGGGGAGAGAGCAGUGGAGGAGGAGGAACUCGGGCAGCUCUGCAGAAGGGGCCAAGAGCUCCGGUGUGUGGUACCCCCAGCCUCAACGCUGUUGCUGCUGCUGCUGCAGCGAGGACACAGGCCUGGCUGUAGCUGCUCUCUUCCUCCUCCUCCUCCUCCUGCUACUGCUGUUACUGCUGCUGUUGCUGCUGCUGCUGCUGCUGCUUCCACUGCUGCUACUGCUGUUGCUGGGCACAUGCCGCCAGCUCCUCGGGAGCUCUUCAGAUAUGGACCAGGCUUCCUAAGCCCAUCCAGGAUGGCGGCAGGUGUGGCCACAUGGCUACCAUUUGCAAGGGCCGCAGCAGUGGGCUGGCUGCCCUUAGCCCAGCAGCCCCUACCCCCUGCACCGGAGGUGAAGGCAUCCCGAGGGGAUGAGGUUCUGGUGGUGAAUGUGAGUGGUCGGCGCUUUGAGACCUGGAAAAACACGCUGGACCGCUACCCAGACACAUUGCUCGGCAGCUCAGAGAAGGAAUUCUUCUAUGAUGCUGAAUCAGGCGAAUACUUCUUUGAUCGUGACCCAGACAUGUUUCGACACGUGCUGAACUUCUAUCGCACAGGCCGGCUGCACUGUCCCAGGCAGGAGUGCAUCCAGGCCUUUGACGAGGAACUGGCCUUCUAUGGCUUAGUCCCAGAACUUGUGGGCGACUGCUGUCUUGAAGAGUACAGGGACCGCAAGAAGGAGAAUGCAGAGCGCCUGGCAGAAGAUGAAGAGGCAGAACAGGCUGGGGAAGGUCCAGCCCUUCCGUCAGGCAGCUCCCUACGACAGCGACUCUGGAGGGCCUUUGAAAACCCACACACGAGCACUGCAGCACUUGUUUUCUACUAUGUGACUGGUUUUUUCAUAGCUGUGUCAGUCAUUGCUAAUGUAGUGGAGACCAUCCCAUGCCGUAGCCCUGCGUUGCGGCCUACGUCAGAGCAGCCCUGUGGUGAACGCUUCCCGGUGGCCUUUUUCUGUAUGGACACAGCCUGUGUCCUCAUAUUCACGGGGGAAUACCUUCUGAGGCUCUUUGCUGCUCCCAGCCGCUGCCGCUUCCUGCGCAGCGUGAUGAGCCUCAUCGAUGUGGUGGCCAUCUUGCCCUACUACAUCGGGCUUUUUGUGCCCAAGAAUGAUGAUGUCUCUGGUGCCUUUGUCACUCUACGUGUGUUCCGGGUCUUCCGAAUCUUCAAGUUCUCCAGGCACUCGCAGGGUUUGCGGAUUCUGGGCUACACCCUCAAGAGCUGUGCCUCGGAGCUGGGCUUUCUCCUCUUCUCCCUCACCAUGGCUAUCAUCAUCUUUGCCACUGUCAUGUUCUAUGCUGAGAAGGGAACAAGCAAGACUAACUUUACAAGUAUACCUGCUGCCUUCUGGUAUACCAUUGUCACCAUGACCACACUUGGGUAUGGAGACAUGGUGCCUAGCACCAUUGCUGGCAAAAUUUUUGGGUCCAUCUGCUCACUUAGUGGUGUCUUGGUCAUUGCUUUGCCUGUGCCAGUCAUUGUGUCCAACUUUAGCCGCAUCUACCACCAGAACCAGCGUGCUGACAAGCGCCGGGCACAGCAGAAGGUGCGCCUGGCAAGAAUCCGAUUGGCAAAGAGCGGUACCACCAAUGCCUUCCUGCAGUAUAAGCAAAAUGGGGGUCUUGAGGACAGUGGCAGUGGGGAGGGACAGGCGCUGUGUCUUAGGAGCCAUUCUGCUUUUGAGCAGCAGCACCACCAUCUGCUGCACUGUCUAGAGAAGACUACGUGUCAUGAGUUCACAGAUGAGCUAACCUUCAGUGAGGCUCUUGGAGCUGUCUCACUGGGUGGUCGCACCACCCGUAGUACCUCAGUAUCUUCCCAGCCAAUGGGAUCUAGCAGCCUUCUAUCCUGCUGCCCUAGAAGGGCCAAGCGUCGAGCCAUCCGCCUCGCCAACUCUACUGCCUCUGUCAGCCGCGGCAGCAUGCAGGAGCUGGACACUCUAGCAGGGCUUCCAAGGAGCCCUGCCCCUCAGAGCCGCUCAAGCCUCAAUGCCAAGCCCCAUGACAGCCUUGACCUGAACUGUGACAGCCGGGACUUCGUGGCUGCCAUCAUCAGUAUUCCUACCCCUCCUGCCAAUACACCAGAUGAGAGUCAACCUUCCUCCCCUGGUGGUAGUGGUGGAAGUGGUGGUAGAACCAACACUACCCUCAGGAACUCCAGCUUGGGUACCACCUGCCUUCUCCCUGAGACUGUCAAGAUCUCUUCCCUGUGAGGAAUGGGCCUGCCCAUUCAGAGGGCCUUCUUUAUUCUUGAAAACUCCUUUCCAAAGCCAUAUUUUGGGGAGGCAGAGAGGGGCAGACCUGGGGACCCCUUAUGCCCUCUGCCAGGAACUAUGCAAUGGAGUUUCAUGGAAUGGCCUAUCUGGUGAGGAAGUUGCUAGGGAAUGGAAAAUUUCCCUCAGUCCAGACAGUUUUCCUGGUGGGAGUUGAAACACUGAGACUCCAUAGGCCCCUUGCCUCCUUGCCCCAGCAUUCUGGGACUGGCUUCUCUCUCCUAGCUGGCCUCUUGCAUGCUUCUCCCCUUGAGCCCUCAGAGACAGGUUAAAGCUUUUUGUAGCCUAACAUUUGAGAGCAACUCUCUUCUCUUUGGUUGUGCAAGUUUGGGGGUUCAAGAGAACUCUUAACUUUCGUUUAGCCUCUAGUGGGCAAGGCCUUUGUCCUUCAACAGGCCCAGCAAUCCGCAGAUUUGGAAGCUUGGAAUGCAACCACGAGCUGACUUAAUGGCCUGUGGCCUCUUAGUAACCUAUUACCAUCCAGCUUUGGCUGAGGGGUCAGACUGCUUCUCCUAACACAGAGAUAGGCCAAACACCACCACCCCUUUUCCUGGCUGCUAGAAGUGAGUUCCUGCCACCUGUCCUCUGCUGGGCCGCCAGCAAAUUCUAGCAAUUGCAGCUGCUGCCAAAACAGUACUCAAAGCUUCAGACCAAUUUGCUACAGCAUAUACAUCUGCUCUGAUCAGAUGGGCCACAUCUAACUACUCUCUUUUCUGGGUUUUUGGGUUGGUCUGGAGUCUGGACCUGCUGAGAUAAGAGACUAGCAUCCUGCAAGAGCUGGGCUGGGUGUUGACAUCAUGGGCUGAUUUCAUAUUCUUGGGCAGGAGUCCAGAAAUGUUAUGGGCAGAGACCUGGGUUGGUCCUGAACCCUGGGAGAAUAGAAGAGACUUCUUGAUUGCCUCCUUCACCCCUGUAACUACUUUCCACAUUGUCUUCUCCUCCUUCAUGGCUCACCUUCUGGAUCUGUGUGCUCAGACUGAAAUCUCUCAUUAUCUCAGGUUCCCUGUUUCUAGCUCUGUCCCUCUGAAGCUGUCAGUUGAAAAAGAUGAAGUUUUCAUCAGUCAAUAAAACCUGAGAGAUGUGGACUGAGAA